GUGUACACCAACGUCAGUCGGUAAGCGGCGGACGCCCGGAGCACUCAGCCAUGGCUGCAGAGACACAGUUUUACGCACACGCUGUCCUUUGUAGUGAUUGUACCGUUCAGCCAAGUCUAGACGCCUGGCGGUUUGCCGUGCUCUCGCAUAUUCAGGCGCAGUGAAACCAAAAUCCCAUCACUAUGAACACAACCUUAUAAACUCUCGUAGAUUGCUAUUUCCUGAUUACGACCCGAUCCGUUCAGUCUUUAAUCACGCCGCGGACACUUGAUAAGUGCGGAAAUUAAAUUAUGAAGUGAACAAAGAAAGGAUUGUAUCCCAGAAAGGCGUGAUAAGAACUAGCACUGAUGUAGGCGUCGUAACAGUCACCAUGGAUUGGGUGACAAUAGCCAGCGCUUUGCUGGCUUUUCUUCUAUAUUAUAACACCUUGGACGCGGGAUUCGUUUAUGACGACAGACGGGCGAUCCUCUCCAAUCCGGAUGUCAUCGGGCACACUCCUAUAGAAGCGUUAUUUGAAAACGAUUUCUGGGGAACACCGCUCGCAGAUCCUGGUUCUCACGGCUCUUACCGACCACUAUGCGUUGCCACAUAUCGACUUAAUUAUGCUUUUACUGGAUUUAAGCCAUGGAGUUACCAUUUUUUCAAUAUAAUACUACAUUGCAUUGCAACUGCACUAGUCGUAACAGUAGCACGGCGCUUACUGCCUUCUUACUGCAUACGAGUGGGUACAGCCGUUGCUGGAUUAACGUUCGCUGCCCACCCUAUACACACGGAAGCCGUAGCUGGUAUUGUGGGCCGGGCAGAUCUAGCUGCCUGCAACUUAUUUCUCCUAAGCUUUCUGCUAUAUAGCGAACAUAUUCGUCUCCGAGAAGAUCGAUACCGGGGACAAUGCCGACAUAUUUCUAAUAAUAAUGUCAAUCACCAACAGAUAUCGACAAGUGAUCAAUUUAGGCUAAGCUGUCAUGGCUUGGUACAGCACAUUAUGAUGAACUUUCGUAGAUUGCUGAAAGCUGGAAAAGCUGGACCAUUGAAGGUGUUAAAUGCUUGCGAUAUUAAAACUGAAACAGUGAGACUAAAGUGUCAAAAUAGUGAUAGUGUCAGUGAAGAUACCUGUGAAAUUUUUCAGUGGCUCACAUUAGCAGGAACAUUGUUGUUCGCCACUGCAGGCACUCUUUGUAAAGAACCUGCUAUAAUGGUUCUGCCCCUUUGCAUAUUCUAUGACUUUCUUAAAGGCCCUCGACAAGAAGAAUCUUAUUCCAAGAAUCGCUGGCGCAGCAUCUGCUUGUUGGGAACCGGGGGAAUAGCUUUAUUAUAUUGGCGAUUGCGGAUUGCUGGAGCACCGUCGCCUUUUGCUGCAGCCGACAAUCCUGCGUCUCGCGAUCCCUCUAUGCUAACAAGAAUUUAUACAUUUUCUUAUCUCCCAGUUUUUAACUUCUUCCUCCUUUUAUACCCUUUUCAUCUAAGUUUUGAUUGGUCUAUGGAAUCUAUACCAAGAAUUUCAUCCAUUUUUGAUACACGAAACGUAUCGACCAUCAUUUUCUAUCUUGUUAUGUCAAAAGUUACAUGGAAGGCUAUAGUGAAUGAAUUUAAAAAAUGCCAAGACAAACCCCUAAAGGAAGUGAAAUAUUAUAAAAAACAGAAUUGUAAGAUAAGGCACAAGUGGAAUUAUAAUAGCAAACAAUAUAACAAAGGACAGGACUGCGUUGAAAGAAAAAGCUACUAUACGCCACACAAAGAGAAUGUGUCAUCUAAAAAGCUAUUGUGUCCAUGUACGGGCUGUAAACAUUCGCUGACUGAUGAGCACACGAGCGCAUGUCGUGCUGUUAACAACAAUAAUACAAUGAUGCACAAUUCUAGUUGCGUUUGCCCAAUCGCGAAUAUAAAAUAUAAGACGCCUAAUAUCGCACAAAGACACAUUUAUCGCAGUCCCCAAGUUGCGAUGUUAAUGUUCAUGGCAUUUAUGGUUCUGCCAUUCGUGCCUGCUACUAAUGUUCUGUUUUACGUUGGCUUUGUGGUUGCGGAGCGUGUUCUUUACAUUCCCAGUGUUGGUUUUUGUUUGCUGCUCGGACUGGGAUCUGGUGCCUUGACGCGCCAUUGGAAUCGAAAUGAAACACGGAGUCGUAUGUUUAUGUUGGCCUUACUAAUUGUUUUAUCUGCGAUGUGUGGGAAUACCAUGCGGAGAAAUCUCGAUUGGCGUGAUGAAGAGAGUUUGUUCCGCAGUGCUCUUUAUAUCAAUCCACCAAAAGCAUAUGGAAACCUGGGCAGUGUACUGACCGCUCAAGGGCGGACAGCGGAAGCGGAAGUUGCCUUCGAGAAAGCGCUCAAACAUAGACCCAACAUGGCCGAUGUUCAUUAUAACUUAGGCAUUUUACUUCAAAACCAAAGGCGAUACGGAGAAGCUAUCAAAAGUUUUGAGAGAGCUAUUUAUUUUAGACCAUCAAUGGCCCUGGCGUACGUAAAUCUGGGCACAUCACUAAUGGCUGAUGGAAGACUAGCAGAGGCGGCGAGCGCACUGCGCGCUGGUUCGCGGGCCGAAGGUGUCCGAGUACGCGACAGAAGAGAGCAUGAAGCAGCAAGAGUCUCUGCGCUGGUACAACUCGCAGCUCUCCACUCUCAACGAGGGCAUUGGCAUAAAGCGCUGUCAGCGUAUAAAGAAGCUUUGCAAAUGCUGCCCAACACUAAUACACCAAUCGUAGGGUGGACGCGACAUAACGUAUUAUCUAUGGCUGGAGAAAUCUACGUCCAGUUACAGCAAUGGCCACAGGCUGAACACAGCAUUCUCUCAGCAUUAGCUGUCGCGCCACAUAACGCUGCAUCACAUGUUACUUUAGCUCAAAUUGUCGCCAGAAAUGCCAGCCGAAUCAUCGAAGCGGAAAUGUGGUUCAAAAAAGCUUUAACCUUAGCACCCAAUGAUCCAUCAGUACGAGAUCAAUUCGGUCUUUUUCUGAGAUCACAACGGCGUCUCCUGGAGUCAGCAGAGCAACUUGUUACCGCAGCACAACUAGCGCCGAUGGAUAGCGCUCGUGCUGUGUCUGCAGCCCGAGCUUUACGUGACGCUCGGCGUUGUCGCUCUGCUGAGAAGUGGUACGCACGAGCCGUACAGUUGAAGCCUGAGAUUGCUGAAUACCAUUCCAAUCUCGGUGCAAUUCUUCAUCUAAAUGGCAAGUAUGCAGCGGCGGCGACGUCCUACAGGAGAGCUUUGCAGCUCCAGCCAAAUGAUGACGUCACGAUGACCAACCUGAAGAGGGUACGAUCUCUAAUGAACAAGCAACGCAAAAAAUAAUUAAAACCACACUGAAACUAUACAUCAAAUAAAACGAAAUAGAAUGUCAAUUGCCAAAGUUAAAGUUAGAUCAGCAUUUUUUUUCUUUACCUUACUAUAAUAUUACUCUAUCAUUCUUAAUAUGUACCUGUUUUAUAUAUGAACUUCUCAACUAGUUAUUCAAGAUUCCACAAGUUUAUUUAGCAAAUUAUUUCGACAAUAUAACGGGUAGUUCUACAACAAUUUAUCUUCUAAUGCUACUACUGACAAAAUCAAAGGGAAUUUCAGAAAAUGGACUAAGUACAUUAUUAGGUAUAGUAAAGAUUUAAAGUCGCAUAAACUAAAUGCGUUGAAUUACAAUUACACUUAAGUAUAUAUUUCCAAGCACAAUGGUGAAUUCUAACGAUUUUAUUAUUUAUAUAUCUACAUGACUAAGUAUAUGAGUAAAUAAUUUUAUCACGCAUUAUGGUUAGUCUCUAUGGGAGGGUCUUACAACAACGUUAUAAGAGUAGGUAGUUAGAAAUUUAUUGUAAAUAGAUCAUAAAUAAUAAGACAAUUUUAUACAUGUGCAAAUAUUAAACUAUAUUUUAAAAAAGUUAUUUCCCAUAAUUUAAAAAAUUAUUGGGAAUUGAUCAUUACUCGUGUAAUUUUUUAUUUUGUCUUCCAUUGACAAUUUGAAUCGCCGUUUCUUUGAUUCUUGUUGACGAACGGUAAAAUAUUUAAAGUAAAUAAAGGCUAGUGUUUGUCUAAUAUACCUUUAAUGAUGACACUUUGCAUCCACACUUCAAUUUGUGACGAGGUGCAUUUAAAACGUAUUUAUUAACAAUAACAUUUUCUUUUAAAAAGACCAAGCAAAAUUCUAUUAGAAUGUUUGCAAAUUCAUUUUUAGUCAGUUAUUUUGCAAAUUAUUAAUUGUCUAGUCUGUGAUGUUCACAGUUAAAAACAAAACAUCAACAUAUGUAAUUAUACAUAUAAGAGUUCGGUAUUAACUCUAUUGCUAGUACCUAAAUAGUUAUUAUCUAGUUUCAACGAAUCGCCUAUAGACUGUUAUUUUUACUAAUUAAGAUUAAAUGGAAAUAUAUUUUAUUUUUCAGAAGAACUAUAUAUUAUGCUUUAUUUAUGGGUCUUCUUGAAACUUGUUAAGCUAAUUAUAUUUCUUGAUAUGUCCGUUAGAUCAUCACCAUGUCCUGUAUUGAUACAACGUACUCAAACUUUGUGAUCUUAUAUUAUAAUAAUUAUUAUUUUUGCGUAAAGUCUGAAACAUAUCUAUUUGAUCUUUGUAAAGAUAGUACUAACUCAUUGAUUGUUAAUAUCUUAGUAUUGCUAUAAUUUGUAUAAAAUAUUGUUGUAAAUAAAGUUUAAGUGGCAUAUUUAUAUUGUAAACGUAAUAAAUAUGUAAUUAACUCAAUAAAAAUAUUAUUUUUGUCGAUUUCUUCUCACACCUGUGACAAUAAAUGUAAAUUACGCUUUGUAGUAAUAGUUAAAUGCCAAAUAAAAUACAAAAUUCAGUUUCUUGCAGAAUUACAUAAUAUCUUCGUAUUAUCUUGUUUGUAUUUAUGAAGCGAAACACUGAGUAAAUACUGGAAAAUGAAAUUAAUAGGCCUUUAAUAUCAUGCUAAUUAAAAUGUUAUUAUUUGAUGGGUAAGUAACUGAAACCUCGGCGCCUAAAAAAGGUUUCAAUAAUGAACCCAGCUUUCUUUCAUAAUAUUAUAUAUUUAUGUAAUUUUUAUAUUUUAAUAUAACUGUCAUAAUUAUUUUACUUGAAGCUUAUUAAAGAGUAAGCAUAAAUAAAUCAAAAAUAGAAAAAUUUUGUAAGUCAAAACUUACAAAAUAUAAAUAUGAACGAAAAAUACAAAAUAAUCCAAUACAACAAAAUUAAUACAAAGAAAUACACGAAUUGUACCAAUAUGAGGAAAAUAUUUAAAAAAAUAUUUGUGGACUCUUUGAAAGUUAUUAAAAGAUUUAUUUUUCCGAAUUUUAUCUAAUAACAGAAUGUCAUAGAGGCAUUUAUAUGUUGAUAAUGAAUAUUUUUGCAAACGUUAAAAACAUUUUCAUUAUAUAAAUACUACUUCAAUCUCAAAACAGUUUUUAAUCCUUUUGAUAUGAUAUCUGGAAAUUCUAUAAACAUUUUUAAUAGAUAUUACAAAAUUUAUAUCGUAUCGAUUCGCCGAUUUUACGUAUCUAAUGAAAUAAUGAUUCCAUUGUUUAAAAAUGUAUUACAUUAUAAUAUAUUUUUCCAUAAUAUAAAUACUUUAUUUUAUCAAUUUCAAACUAAUAAAUAUUAUACUCGUAAUUUACUACAACAUCGAAUUAUUAUUUAAAUAAAAGGCUUACGAGUACCAUACCUGACCUCCCUAGACAAGUGGCAACCUAAUCUAUUAUUAAGGUACACCUUCAUAACAUCUAAAAGGAUUGUUCUGGAAACUUCGUUUAUGUUACCGCUACUACAAGCAACUCGUCACCCAUAUCAAAUAAUAGCGCAGACGGAAUACCUUAAAUACAAAAAAAAACACAUAAUCCAAAUAGAAGUAGUAUCUGGAUUUAUAAAUUAAUUUGGAGAAUAUUUUAUUAUCAUAUUUACGAUGACUCAUCCUGAAAUGUCAAGAAGUUUCUGGAUUCUGGCUUCUCAGCGCGUAUAAGAGGUGAAAGACUCGUUAUACGACAGUUUCUGUUUACAACCGAUAACGAUUGGAAUAUCUUUCAAACGAAGAAGAAUAAAUUUACUGCGACUACUGCAAGCUACUCGUAAUAAAUAUCGUGAAGAUUCCAUAGCGAUACGAAUUGUUAAUUUGGGAUCUCUGUGCCUAAUUGUAGAUACUUUGUAAAUAAAUGUACUUCUAUAUUCAUGUCUCGGCAUUUAUUUACCCCACUUGAAGCACUGUAGGUAGGUACGUAAAUGUUAUCGCAUGCAUGAGAUAGCACGAGACUGCGAUGUUCGCCGUUUCAUUCUUUAUCAUACGAAUGCUAACGAAACCGUAUCUAUCAAUAGAUUAAUCUGCCACCUGUCUAAGGAGCUUAAUAGUUAACAUUUUAGUUAUAGUAUCCAGAAAAAUAUGAAUAUUUGUAAAAAUUUUAUAAAAUAUGUCUGUACUGUUUAUCAUAUCACUUUUAUUACGCGUUAUUUAAUUUUCUAGAAUUAUUGUUAAUUAAUUACUGCAUAUUACAUUUUACUGUACUUCCAUAUAUCUGCAUAAUAACAGUUGUUUUCUACCUAAAAAUAGUCAGUUUAUAAUAAAUCGAAAAGGAAUUGUAAUCAUUAUUGUUUUUAUUGGGUAGUAACGUGUAAGCAUGUAUAUUUAUCGCGUUAUGCAAAUAAACCUGCAAAUUCCCAAAGUGAUAUUAUAUGUUGGUAAUUUUGUAAAUAAAAAGCUUCAAUAUUUUA